GCAAGCACUGCAGUGAAAACUAAUGGCCAGUCGAGGGCGAUUAGCAUCUCAUUACAAUAUUUCAAAGCAGCCAGCGCCUUUCCAGGCCUGCACCCGCUGUCGCUGUUGGUCACCUCGGUGUCCUUCUUGCGGCCCGCGCCCUCCCUGGCUGGCUACAUCACUCCUGUCUUCCAGGACGGCACCUGCGCUGCCAGGCAGGUGGAUGCGAGAGGCCCGGUCCUGCUGGUUCUCCGGAGGCCACCCUGUCAGUGCAGGCACCAUGCUGUCUCCUCAGAGGGCUUUACUCUGCAACCUCAACCACAUCCACCUCCAGCACGUCUCUCUGGGCCUGCACUUGUCCCGCCGCCCCGAGCUACGGGAGGGGCCUUUGAGCACGUCCCCUCCCCCAGGCGAUACCGGAGGCAAGGAGAGCAGCGGCCCCUGCAGCGGGACCCUGGUAGAUGCCAACUCCAACAGCCCAGCCGUUCCCUGCCGAUGCUGCCAAGAGCACGGGCCGAGCCUAGAGAAUCGGCCGGACCCGACGCAGGAGGAGGAGGGUGCGGCCUCUCCUUCUGACCCCGGCUGCUCGUCUUCGCUCAGCUCCUGCUCCGACCUCAGUCCCGAUGAGUCCCCCGUUUCCGUGUACUCUCGGCACCUGCCUAACGAGGACGAUGCUCAGCCCCAGCCCAGCAUCGUCCCCUUGGACCAGGGCUCCCCACUGGCUUUGGCGGGCCAGGACACCUGCUCCCCAGACAGCUUCUGCUGCUCUCCCGAUUCCUGCUCCGGAGCGUCCUCCCCGCCUGGACCUGGCCUCGACUCGAACUGCAACGCCCUGACCAUCUGCCAGGAUCUCCCUUCCCCCGGCCUGGAGGAAGAGGAGGACGACGGCGGGGAGCAAGACCUCCCCACCUCUGAGCUCUCCGAGGUGGAGGAUGGGAAAAUCGAUGCCGGGAAAACAGAGCCCAGUUGGAAAAUUAACCCCAUUUGGAAAAUUGAUACAGAUAAAACUGAAGCUGUAUGGAAAGUCACUGAGAACAAUAACUCUGGUUGGAAAAUCAACGGAAAUACUAACUCUGGCUGGAAAACCGAACCUGGAAAAUUCGAUGGUUGGAGCAGCAACACAGGAAUAACCGAUUCUGGCUCGAAAACAUACGCAGGGAAAACUGACGCGGGAUGGAGGAGUGACGUCAGCGAGGAGCCGGCGCCACACCGGACCAUCACGUCCUUCCACGAGCUGGCCCAGAAGCGCAAGCGGGGCCCGGGGCUGCCCCUCGUGCCGCAGGCCAAAAAGGACCGCAGCGACUGGCUCAUCGUAUUCUCGCCCGACUCCGAGCUGCCCCCCAGCGGGUCUCUGAGCUGCUCCUCCGCAGCCCCCCGUGAGAUCACCACCUUCAAGGAACUCAGGUCCCGCAGCCGCGCCCCGCCCCCGCCGGUUCCGCCCCGGGAUCCUCCGGCGGGCUGGGCCCUGGUCCCGCCCCGCCCUCCGCCCCCACCUGUCCCUCCCCGGAGGAAGAAGAACCGGCCCGGGCUGCAACCCAUCGCGGAGGGGCAGCCCGAGGAGGGAAGGGCAGCGAGCCCCGCGGCAGGCGAGGAGGUCCCGGCCGCGCAGGAGGCGGAGCAGCCCGGCGCGCGAGAGGCCUCGGAGGCCGGUUCCCUCCUGCUCUCGGGGCCCCAAGUUUUCCGGUUCUCGGCCGACAGGCGCCCCCUGUUGGAGGGUGGGGGAGUGGGCGCAGCUGGGUCCCUGCUCCUGGCACCUCUGGCCGGGUGGCCCGGCGCCCGCCUGCGGCUGCUGGGGGCACAGAGCCCCCCCGAGGAACAGCUGCUUCCGGCCCGCCUGUCCCCAGUGGGAGCGUAUUCACCCCCCACUCGGGGCGCCCUGCCCUGCCUGGCCAGCCCCGAGCUGGCGCUGCUGCUCUCCCCGCUCUUCCCCAGAAGUAGCACCUUCCCUGCCGCGGCCCCCCCGCCCCGCCAGGUGCCCGCCCCCCCGCCACCUCGGCCACCGCGUCCUCAGAAGGCCACGCGCUGGACCCGGAGCCCGCCGCCCGCGCCCAGGCUACCCUUCAGACCUGGGCUCGGCUUCCUCUGUCCUCCGCCCUGGCCCGUCUGUCCAUUGGCCCCGGUUCCCCACGUGCUUCCCUCGGUCCGCGGCCCAGUCCCCUCUCGCCUCCAAGUCUCAGCCGGCCGGGCGGUGGCUCCUGGGACCCCGGGAGACUCAGUGCGUAGUUCCUGGACAUUCGCCGGUGUCCCCGGGGCCCAGCGCCUGUGGAUGGCAGAAGCCCAGAGUGGAACUGGUCAACUGCAGGAGCAGAAGAAAGGUCUUCUGGUAGCUGUCAGCGCCUCAGUGGACAAAAUCAUCUCUCACUUUGGGGCUGCCCGGAACUUGGUUCAGAAAGCCCAGUUGGGAGAUAGCCGGCUGAGCCCGGAUGUGGGGCACCUGGUGCUGACUACCCUUUGCCCGGCCCUCCACGCCCUGGUGGCUGACGGGCUGAAGCCUUUCCGGAAGGACCUCAUCACCGGGCAGCGCAGGAGCAGCCCCUGGAGCGUGGUAGAGGCGUCUGUGAAGCCAGGGUCCAGCACCCGGUCCCUGGGAUCUCUGUACAGCCAGGUCAGCCGAUUGGCCCCGCUGAGUAGCAGCCGCAGCCGGUUCCAUGCCUUCAUCCUGGGCCUUCUCAACACCAAGCAGCUGGAGCUGUGGUUUUCCGGUCUCCAGGAAGAUACAGGCCUGCUGUCCCUCCUGUAUCUGCCCACGGGAUUCUUCUCCUUGGCUCGAGGUGGCUGCCCGUCCCUGUCCACAGAGCUGCUGCUCCUGCUGCAGCCACUGUCGGUGCUCACCUUCCACCUGGACCUGCUCUUCGAGCACCAUCACCACCUGCCCCUGGGCCCACCGCAGGCCCCUGCCCCUCCAGUCCCGCCCCCGACGCUGCAGCAGACCAUGCAGGCCAUGCUGCACUGGGGCGGUCGGCUGGCCCAGAGUCUCCGGGGUGCCUCUGAGGAGGCUGCUCCCGAUCCUUCUGCCCCUUCAAGUCCUCCUCCACCAGGCAGCUGGUGGGAGCAGCUGACCCAGGCCUCCCGGGUCUAUGCCUCUGGGGGCACAGAAGGCUUCCCUCUUCCCCGGUGGGGACCCAGGCGUCAUGGAACUGCAGCUGAGAAUGCACAGGAAAGACCCCAGCCCACAGAGGAAGCAGCACCGGUCAGAGGCGUGUGGCUUGGGAGACUGUUUGGUGUGCCAGGGGGGCCCACAGAAAAUGAGAGCGGAGCCCAGAAGUCCAGGAGACCAUCCAGCUGGCUCCCUCCAACAGUGAGUGUAUUGGCUUUGGUGAAGCGGGGGCCACCUCCUGAGUCUCCUCCCGAGGAGCUUGUGCCCUCAGCACCCAGCACGGUGCCGGCCCACAGGGCAGUUCGGGCCCUCUGUGACCACACUGCUGCCGGACCUGACCAGCUGAGCUUCCGGAGAGGGGAAGUGCUGCGUGUCAUCGCCACAGUGGAUGAGGACUGGCUCCGCUGUGGGCGGGAGGGCAUGGAAGGGCUGGUGCCCGUGGGGUACACCUCCCUUGUUCUCUAGCCCUGGAUCCUUUCCUGCAUGUCUCUCCUGUCACCUGGGAAGGACAUGGCCCAUGAUUAUUAAUCUAUGUAAACUAACCAUCCCAGAAGCAUUUUUUGCUGCUUGCAAAAUAUUUUCCACAUCCAUUUCUGCUAUUUAAAAUAAAUGUUCCUUCUUCCCUCCAUGCCCAUCUGUAAGGUGAAAUCUGCUCUUUCAAAGAUGUAAGAAGGAGUACUCCAUGCAACUUCUUUCUUCUUUCCAUGUGUCAGGGAACAUCUCCCUAUCUGCAGAAUGGAAUCUGGCCCCCUUCCCCUCUUCAUCCCUAAGUGGACUGUGCCAGUUGAACACGCCUCAACCCACAAGCCUACACAGGGCGCCAGACCUCCUUCCUCUGUAUGGAAUCUGACUCCCCCAUACGUACCUUGCCUGUAUUUAUGAUGUACUCAUGUUGUGCUAGCUGCUGAAGCCUGGACACCCCUGGUGGGUGAGCCUAUGGUAUUUGUCUAUUUCCUCUUUUGUCCCAAUAAAGUAUGGGAGUUGAA